UUAGAGUACACGAUAUGAAGAUAUCCGUUCAGUAGAUAAUAAAAAUGGCUAGCUGCGACGAAGUAUUCUCUCCCUGUGGGAAGAACCUGUUUUGUGCCGCUGACAAUAUCUGCCGUCUUACAUGUGAAGACAUCCCAGGUGAAUGCAAACCUCCCUGUGAGAUUCUAACCUACGUUGUCAUACUGUUGAUGAUGGUAGCUUUGUGUUUAACCAUCCUCUCGGGCGGCCUCUGUCUUUAUCGUGCCAGUCACAAGAAGAUCGAACGGGUGAUGGCCAAAUACCAACUGAAAGACGAAAAGGAACUGGAGAAGGCUCUAGAGAGCUCCCAAAAUCAGCCAGGAAUGGGGAACGGCGGCUUUGAUAACAUUUCAAACAAUGAGAGUACCGGAGGUGAGACAGUGGUGGUGGUGGUGUAAAUCCGAGAUAUAGGACGGCAUUGAUUUAGUUUACAUGACCUCGAACAUGGAUGUUACAUCCCAGAUAUCGAACAACCUUAUUUUUUCGAAAUCCAGGACCUUUGGCGGUCUUGAUUAAAUCACCUCCGAAAUUUUGGGUGGCGUUGGUAAACCCGAAAUAGACUGUUUGACUUCGUUUGGUAGUAAUUUGCCGAAUACACAGUGUGUGUCCUCCAUGCUUAUUUUAAGGAAAAUGAUCUUAACGAUGUCUUCGAAAGCUACGAUGCUGAACUGUUGGAUUCAACCCUGCCUAAAUUUUACACAGAGGCUCGCGUAAAAGAUCAGAACCAUGAGGUUUUUUUUUAAUUCAUUGUUGAAGUAUAUAAUAAAACAGUUAUGGGCUUUUCACCAGCAUA